CCGGGUUCCAGCGGGCCCGGGCCCCUGUUCCCCCCGCGAUCAGGAGCCGGUGGGCGCAUGUACCGGGGCCGAUCCCUCAGAGGCCGCCCAGCGGGGCCUGUCCUGGGCGGGGUCGGAGGCGCCGAAGACCUGAGGAGGCCUCCCGGGGUCUCCGGUCCCCCCGCCGCCGGCCUGGGCCUGUGACCUGGCUGUUCCCGCCCCAGGCCGCUGCCGUGCACCAGCACCAUGGCCACGGGCGAACUGACUGAGCUGGAGACGGCCAUUGAGAAGAUCGUUACUGUCUUCUUCACCUAUGCGGCAAAGGAGGGCAAGAAAGGCAUGCUGACAGCUGGCGAGUUCAAGGAGCUGGUCCAGCUCCAGCUGCCCAACCUGAUGAGGGACGUCCCCUCCCUGGAGGAGAAGAUGAGCGAGCUGGAUGUGAACAAUGAUGAGGAGCUGAAAUUCGGCGAGUAUUGGCGGCUGAUCGGGGAGCUGGCAAAGGCCAUGCGGAGGGAGAAAGCAGGGAAGAAGAAGUGA